ACCGCGAUAACGCGAGAUAACUAAAUCGCACGCUUUCUCCUCUUUUUGUGAGUCAAAUGCACAUUGGCUCGGACAGGGGAAAGUAACGAGCUAAUACCGACCCUUCCCUCAAACAUAACCAUUAAUUGUUUUUCUGGGUUGCAUGCUGUUGACCAAUUUCUUCAUCAUCGUCAUCAUCAUCUGUGGUGAAGGAAGCUGCAACCUACUCUUUCCCAGCAGUGAGCUGUGGCUUCCCAGGCUCCGCAGCGUCAACAACACAGCCCGUUACUGAUUAAACUAAAUAUCUGACGGAGAGCCAAACAUGUCGACAGGGAGGAAAACAGCGUUAAGUGAAAACACACUCUUUGGGAUGGGAAAUCCCUUGCUCGACAUUUCAGCUGUUGUGGACAAAGACUUCCUUGACAAGUUUGGACUGAAGCUUAAUGACCAGAUCCUCGCUGAAGAAAAACACAAAGUCUUGUUUGAAGAAAUUGUCAAGAGGAACAAAGUUGAAUAUCAUGCCGGUGGUUCGACCCAGAACUCUGUGAAAAUUGCUCAGUGGAUGAUCCAGAAACCCCACAAGGUGGCUACUUUCUUCGGGUGCAUCGGUACCGACCACUUCGGGGAGAUCCUGAAGAAGAAGGCCGAAGAAGCCCACGUCGACGCACAUUACUACGAACAAAACGAGGAGCCGACCGGGACCUGUGCCGCCUGUAUCACCGGAGACAAUAGGUCCCUUGUUGCUAACCUGGCAGCGGCAAACUGCUACAAAAAGGAAAAACACCUGGACUUGGACAGCAACUGGGAGCUGGUGAAGAAAGCCAAGGUCUAUUAUAUUGCGGGUUUUUUCCUGACUGUGUCCCCCGAGUCCAUCCUGAAGGUGGCGAAGCACGCUUCAGAUAACAACAAAAUCUUCUGCAUGAACCUCUCGGCACCUUUCAUCAGCCAGUUCUUUAAAGAGCCCUUGAUGAAGGUCAUGCCUUACGUCGACAUCUUGUUUGGCAACGAGACGGAGGCGGCCACAUUUGCCAAAGAGCUGGGCUUUGAGACAGAUGACAUUGCAGAGAUUGCAAAGAAGACCCAAAACCUCCCCAAGGAGAAUAAGAAGCGGCAGCGAGUAGUGGUCUUCACCCAGGGCAAGGAUGACACUGUUGCAACUGUUGGUGAGAAGGUGACCAUGUUUCCUGUUUUGGACAUCGACCAAAACAAUAUUGUGGACACUAACGGAGCUGGAGACGCCUUUGUGGGAGGAUUCCUCUAUGCGUUGGUCCAAGAGCAAGACUUGGAGGAGUGUAUCCGGGCUGGACACUAUGCCGCCAAUGUCAUCAUCAGACGGGUCGGAUGCACUUUCCCAGAGAAGCCAGACUUUCACUGAUGCAUCCAAGCACUGCACCUUUGUCUUUUCCACAAGAUACUUGUAUAUGUAUGCUUCAAGAUUUUAUGUACAUUUUUUUCUAUUUACAGUGACUGCAUGGGACUAAGUGCUGCAGCUUGAAUAUUUGAUCAAGCUCAAAUAUGAAACUCAGAUGUUUAAAUGCAAUACAAACAAUGUACUAGAAUCAAAUAUUGGAAUAAAAUGGUAAUGUUUAAAGAAGCAUUCCACUGAAAAUUUAUAUUUUGAGUAUCAAAAACUAAACGCCUGUAGGUCUAAAAGGUGUCCAAAUGUAUCAUCACGUUAGUAGAACACUUUUCACACCACUUUUCCACCAUUUAUCUGUAUGUUCUUUAUGUUACAAACACUCAGGAUCUCCACAACAGAGCUACUCACUCCCAGUGUCCUAGCACCACCUCCUUAUAGCUCUGAAGCUUUGCUGGAAGUAGUGUAUUUAUUUAUUAUUCGCAAAGCGACAAACGUUUGGUUCAUACUGAAGAAAUGGAUCAGUGGUAGAGAAGUGCAUUAUCCUGCAGGAUAGGUUUGGACAUUUUUUAUGGACAUGUUGCUCUAAAAAGUUUGUUGUUUGCUCCUUAAUGAAGGACGGCAGCUGUAGUCGGCUUCGAUUCACAGAAGUUACAAGCAGUUCUAAUGGUGAUCCAGAGUCACGGCCAAAAAACAAAAACGUUCAUAGAAACUUCCUGCUGCAUAAUCCACUUAUCCGCUGUUGAUCCUCAUACUGAAUAUUUUCCAAACUAUUUUGCCAAUAAUUUGCUAAUUACACUCCCUGCUUCUAUUGGAUCUUCUGAGCUAUGAGCAGGCAAUAGUGUGCCACAGAAGUGCUGUAUUUAGUAGUGCAAACUGAGUGUUGUUAUGAAGCAGAAAACUACAAACUUUUUCAAGCCUGCAGGGGUUGAGUGUUGUCAUACUACAUACUUUAAAAUAUAGUAAAUUUUCAGUUGAGUAUUUCUUUAAUAUUCAGCUGUCAUGCAAUUUAUGGAUGGGGCGCCAUUAUAGGUGGCUUACCAUUUCCAAAAGUGACAGUUGUAACUGUACAAAACUGCAAAGAGUAUCUUCUGUUAUACAAAUAAAAAAGUCAUUCUACCAAGAUACUCCUAUACAAAAACAAAGUUAGUUUCGAUGUAUAAGCAGUUUACCAGCAGUUGACGUUUCUUUAAAUACACCCAAAAACAAACCGCAACAACAACAGGAUUUGUGCAUUUCCCCAUUAUUUAAUCAGCCAGAGGCUCCCUCAUGCUAAUCACUUUUGGACAGCUCAACACUCUCCAUUAUAGAGGGAACUGGGGGGUGGGGGGACCGGGACCAGCCUGGUGUCCUGCUCUGUUCACCCCCACUCAUGCAUGUUGGGUCCUAACUGGACUCUCGGGGUCUGGCGCUGCACUGCAGGGCUACAGGAGAUCAUUUUUCUCAGUUAAGGGAUUAGUGGUUGCUCUUCAUGGCGAUCAUUUGGGGGACCUGAAAAUUAGGCUGAUCCUUCGUACCCAGCUGUGCUGUCGCUGGGGGUUUGAGACAAGGAUCAGAGGGAGGCCCCUCCCCUCCCACUGACUGUGGGCCAGCAAAAGUGUUGGGCAGUGUCUCAAGUGUUGUGGAAAAUAAUUCAACACUCAUCUGUUCUAGAAAGAAGUGUGAUUGAGAAUGGUUGGAGAAUAAAAAAAAUGUUGUUCCCCUAGAA